GCUCGGGUCAUUCAAAUGGCGGUUCAGGCUCGGAUCAUUAAACACCUGCUGUUCAUGCGGCAGAGUGGCUCCAAGGGACGGACGCUGGACAGUCUGUGUGUAGGACAGGAGGGGCAGGAUGGGGCGCUGGCAGCAGCGCUGAGCGACAGCCUCUGGUUGGCCGGUCAGGAGGUCAGUGCCACCGUUACCUUGGUGACCGAAGAAUACUGCACCACGCCGCACCUGGACUACAAGUUGGACACCUUCACGGAGAAGCUGCAGCUCUUCACCUUCAACACGAAGGACAUGGCGCGGAGCUUCAUCCUGCAGCAUCUUCACAGCUUCACAGCAGAGGGAAGUCACGGAGUCAUCCUCUUCCUCUACAGCCUCAUCUGCUCCCGCACCAUCUGCAGGCUGAAGGAGGAUCUGGACUCAUCCACCUCGCACCUGCUCCACCUCAGUCUGGGAGACUUUGUUUGCGGUCAGGCACUGGUGAACCUGCUGCUGACGGGGAAGGCGAGUCCACAGGUCUUUAACGGGAUUCAGUAUUUUGGGGAGGAUGGCGAGGCUCUAGAGCGCCCCCUGCAGGGCGUCCUGUCCCGCAGCGAUGUGGGAUAUUUACACUGGAGCCGAGAGCAGAUGGAGACAGGCAGACUGCCGCAGGUGGGCAGCAUGCUGAAGACGCCACGGUUCCCUGUGUGGCUCUGCUGUAUUAAUGGCGGAUUCUCGGUGCUGUUCAGCAUCGACCACUCACUGCUCUCUGAUUGGAGGACGGAGCACCAGUUCCACCUGUACUACUACAAUGGGCGGAGCUCCCAGAAGACAGCCAAACUGACUGUAGACACUCACUCUCACCACUGGGAGACAUCCUGCAGACACUCAGAGGGACACGCUGAAAGGAUGUCCCCUCCACUGGACAUGACCCUUAAAACCAAGUGGGAUGGAGCUGCCGUCAACUGGUGCGGCACCGUUCCAUUCUACUGA